AUGCAAAAUUCAAAAAUAUCUUCAAAUCAUUCAUCUUCAGGUUCAUCAUUGGCAUCAAGUCAUCAUGAUUCUAUAUCUGAUAAUCAAAGAAGUAAAUUAAAGAGUCCUAUUCAGCCUGAACAUGAAUAUGCUGAUCAAAUAGUAACACAUGAACGACCACUUAUUCAAAAAUCAAAUUCAUCAAAUGAAGACUAUAUUCCUUCUCCAAGUACAAUUAAAAAACGUCGUUCAACAAAGUCUUAUCAUCAAGACAUUUAUGAGGAAGAUUUAAUGUCAUCAGAUGAAGAAGUAAAUAGAUUAAAUAAACCAUUGAGUGUCAUCAAAAUAAAUGAUCGACAUAUUCGAGAGAUCUAUAAAUUACCAACUCCACCACCUGAGAUAAAACGAGUUUUUCAUCGUAUGCGUUCGCCUGAACCAAAAAUAAUUGAACGAAUCUUUGUUCGUCGACCAACACCAGAAAUUAUUGAAAAUAUUAUUGAAAUACCACCACGAAAAGUUCAUAUUAUCAAUAGAGAAAAAUAUUUACGUCAAUCAAAACCAAUUACUCGAACAAAAGUGGUCCAUUUAAAACGACGUCAUCGUCAUGAAAAUGAAGAACAACCACAAUCAUACAUUUCUUCUGAUCAAUAUUUGCAACAGCCAUCAAUAUCUACUUAUACUGUCCAACUAAAUCCGCUUCCUAUGAAUUAUUAUCAAUCAAACAUUCUACCAGAGAUUACAUGUAAUACUCAUAUAUUACAAUCACCUUUUUAUACAUAUCAAUCAUCACAUAUGCCAUUGAUUUUUUCUCAUGGAUAUACUUACUAUUAA